UAACCUGCAUUAUGCAAAAGAGGAAAGGAAUACACAAUAUGACACUAUUUAUGUCAAACCUAAAAUAAACUUAGUGCAACUGUAUUAUUUUAGCGUUAAUGUUUUCUUGCUGUGACAGUACAAAAAAGGCCGACGUUACUGCACUAAAAUAGAUAUUUUUGACGCCUUGACCUAGCUCGUUUCAUUACCAUUCCUAGUGCAGUACUCAGCAUCCAGUUCGGAAAGCGAACGAACUUCCUUAAUCAAAACAGUGAAUUAAAAUCUAUGUUAUUUUUCAACAAUAGUGUGCAAAUGUGUUAGUGUUAAAGUUUGAAUUAAAAUUUAAAUAUGGAAUGCGGAAUUAGGCCUUGGCGGCUAGUGUUUUAGUGUGGUUCACAAAUGUACUGUGAAGGUUGAAUAUCAAUUUAAUAUCGAAAUAUGAAUAUUUUGAUUUAUAGGAAACUUGUAUGCUGUAAAGUUCUAGUCAGUAUGUUAAGACAUAUAAAAUAAAUAGAGAAAAAAACAAAUAUAAAAUUUCGAAAUAUGUGAGAACAAAUGAGAUAUCACUAUGAACCCCACAAGAACUAGCCGACCAACAGAUUAACGAAAUCAAGAACGAAAUACGUAAUAUAAACAAAUGUAAAUACUUGUAAAUAAACAGAACUCUGUAAAAUAGUGUAAAACAAAAGUUCGACAUGUGUCUUAAUAAGUCUUCCAACUCAAAUUGAAAAGCAAUAAAAAUUAAGAGACCUCUGAAACUAUUAAUUUAUUAAAAGAUAAGGCUAAAAAUAAUUAAGCAAAAUUCUAUGCUUGUGUAAUUUCAAUGUCUUCCGAUACAAGUAAAAACAAGUUAUAGUAAGAAUAAGGAAACCAAGAGACUGAUAAUUAAAAAAAUAUAUAAUAAAGCAUAAUCAAAUACGUAACACAAUUUAAAAGGAAGGACUAAGAAAGUGUUAUUUAUAAAAAAUCAAGCAAUAGUAGUGCAAUUAGAGUUAUAAUCAAGAACAAUGCUUAUAAUAGUGCGUUCAGUGCGCGGCAUGGCGUCGUUCGCGGCGCAGGCGGCGCUGCGCUCCCGCUGGAGCUCGCUCAUAGAGUCCACCAGCGUGGACGUGCCCGGGGAGGUCACCGACGGCGUCAAGUCCGUCGUGGGCUGGCUCAAGCAGGCGUCGCUCGAGGUCCGCCAGGUGGGCAGGCGCGCGGUCAGCCAGCUGGCCGGCAAGAACAUGGGCGACGAGGUCCACAUCGUGCACUUCAACGAUGUUUAUAACAUCGAACCUACCACAAAUACGGAGCCCAUAGGCGGGGCCCUGCGGUUCAGCACAGCGGUGAAGUCGCUGCAGCACCUCAACCCGCUCGUUUUGUUCAGCGGAGACAUAUUCUCUCCCAGCAUGCUGAGUACAUUCACAAAGGGCGAGCAAAUGGUGCCUGUGCUCAACGAGAUCGGAACCCAUUGUGCCGUAUUUGGGAACCAUGACUUCGAUUUCGGUCUAGAGGUUCUGUCGGGGCUAGUGGCGCAGUGCAACUUCCCGUGGCUGAUGUCCAACGUGAUCGACAACGAGACGGGCCGCCCGCUCGGCGACGGCAAGAUCACGCACGCGCUCAUGUGCAACGGACACAAGAUAGGCUUCAUCGGGCUAGUCGAACAGGAAUGGCUAGAAACUUUAGCGACUAUAAAUCCAGAAGAAGUCACGUUUAUAGAUUUUGUUCAAGCUGGUACCAAGCUGGCGACACAGUUAAAACAAGAAGGUUGUGAAUACGUGAUAGCGCUCACACACAUGCGGACCCCCAACGACAUCAAGUUGGCGGAGGGCUGCGACGACAUCGACCUCAUACUGGGAGGCCACGACCACGUCUAUGAAGUUCUAGAAAUAAACAACAAGUACGUGAUAAAGAGCGGCACGGACUUCCGCCAGUUCAGUAAGAUCAGCAUCACGUUCGGGGCCGAGGCGGCGCGCGUGGCCGUCGCCGAGGUCGCCGUCACCGCCGACAUCGCCGAGGACCAGGCGCUCAAGGACAAGACCGACCACUACUCGUCCCUGAUCGAGGGCAAGAUGGACACGGUCCUGGGCCGCGUGUGCGUCCCGCUGGAGGGCCGCUUCGCGUGCAUCCGGCGCCAGGAGACCAACCUCGGCAACUGGGUGUGCGACAUCCUGCUGGCCGCCACCGGCGCCGACCUCGUGCUGCUCAACUCCGGGACCUUCCGCUCCGACCAGGUGCACCCGGCCGGGGACUUCACCCUGCGGGACCUGUCCAGCAUCAUCCCCAUGCGGGACCCGCUCGUGGUGGUGGAGAUCACCGGCGAACAGCUGCUCGAGGUGUUGGAGAACUCUGUCAGCAAGUACCCCAGUCUCGAGGGGAGGUUCCCACAGGUGGCGGGCGUGUCGUUCGCGUUCGACCCGUCUUUGCCGGCGGGGCGGCGCGUGUGCGGGCGCGUGGUGAAGCUGGGCGACGAGUACCUGCGGCCCGCGCAGCGGUACCGCCUCGCCGUCAAGCAGUACCUGCGCGGCGGCAACGACGGCUACGGCCUGCUGCGCGACUGCCGCCUGCUGCUGCCCGACGACAUGUGUCCCGAGAUAGGCCUCGCCAUCCAGAACCACUUCGCCGCCAUCGACGUGCGCGCCGGCCGCGCCCGCCCCAGCAAGCACCGCCAGUCGCUCGUCACGCUCAGCCGCAGACACAGCCUGGUGAAGAUGCUGGAGGGCGGCGAGCUGAGCGGGCCGCCGCCGCUGCGCCGCGCCAGCUCCGCCGCCGAGCCCGCCCCCCCCGCCCCGCACAGACUGACCCGCCGCGCGUCGCUGGAUGACCUGGAGCAGCAGACCUGUGAGCUCGCGCCCAAAGUUGAAAACAGAAUAAUCAUCAUUAACAAACCCGAGGAGCUACAAGCCCUGAUAGACGAGCGCUCCCGCUGGGAGGCGGACACCGUCAUCAAGGAGGUGGACGACGAGGGCUCGCCCUAAGAGCUGCCCGCCUUGUACGGCUGCUUCGUGUGGUACCGGCACUUCCGGUAGCUGUACACGGUACCAACAUACAAACACUACUGAAAUGAACACUAGACAAAGUAGCGGAGGUAUUCUCCUUUCAAACCAUUUCUCAUUAUGUCUUCUUAUACAUCAUUUAAGUUUUUUCUGGAAACAAGUAAGAUUUUGCUUAAAAAAAAGCAUUAAAUGUUAGAAACAACUCUCAAAUACAACCUUUUUAUCUAAUCUCGCUCGCAUCUUUACUAUACUUUUACGGGCUAUAGCGACUGUUUUCCUACAAAAACGUUAUAAUGUACUCUAUGCCGGUCGAGUAAAGUGUAAAUCGGUAUAGCAUUACUACUUUGUACCCGCCUCAAUGGUCGGUUCCUUCAACUUUGUCUAGAGUUCAUGUCAGUACUGAAGUUAACAUUAUAACGGUACACAAGGAUUGUUUUGUGUCGGUGUUCGAUGUCAAGUGCUACGUUCCGUAUUUAUAGAGUGACGAGUGGUGACCGCCAUCUUGGUUUUCGAAGAAUCCGUCGAUACUUCAACGUUAUAAUAUUUUAUGUAACUUGAAUGCAAGUCAAUUUUUAAAGGUUUAUCAAUCCAUUAAAUUACUUGCGUAAAAAGUAUGCCCUCCGUACACGAGGUAAUACAAGGCUCCUAUACCCGACGACAUUAGUCUCCAAGCAAAUAUAUAAAAGCCUUGAAGCAUUGAAUAGAGGUUUGUACACACGUUGGAGGCUAAUGUUGUUGGAUUGUUAAUAGUUGCGUGGCCUCGUGUGUAAAGGUGCUUAGUUUUGAAGGCGACUAGUAAAGUGUACGCGAGCAGGAGUGUUUGUCAAAUUAAACUAUGGAUAAUCGAGCUUGGUUAGGUGUAGAUGUUGUAACGAGGGUAGUACGGAGUGUUUGUAAAGCUUUUGAUGGAAUAUUAUAUGCAUCGAUAUUAAGUACAAUGAAAAUCUAUCGUUUAAAUGUAUGACAGCAGUUCUCACUAAUUCUAUUAUUGUGCACUGCUAAUUUCAUUAAGGUUAAAGAUCAAUGUUUGUUUCAAAACUACUUAACUGAUUUUGAUAAAAAUUGGAAAAAGGAUAUAUUACCACUGGUAUAACAACAAUACUUCCAGUACAUACGAGAAAAGUUUAAUAAUUCAUGGGGUGAAACCAAAAUAAAUAUUUCAUUUUAAUAAAUGUUCACGCAAUUAUCAACAAAUUUGCGUUUAAUUAACUCUAUUUGUAUGAAUGAAUUAGACUAUGAGAGAAAAUAGGUUUAAUGAGGACGUAAGUAAGACGCAAGCUUAGAGUGUAAACAAUUAAUACGUGGUCUGUAAAUACAGCUGUUUAGGAGUCGCCUUCAAUACUUAAAACUAAUAAAACCACAACACAUAAUAUCUAUUAAUCACGUCACAUUAUAGAUGGAGCCACUGUGCUCUGAACAUUCAAUUAUCUGUCAUAUUACCUAAUCUACUAUUGUAUGUACUAAAUACUUACACAUCAGAAAGAGACAAAGCUUCUAAUGAUAGUUGUUAAGGAGUAGCACAGUGGCGCCACCUGCAUAUUAUUCCAUAUAUUUUAGUUAAUAUCAAAGAGAUCACUCAGAUCGGAAUAACAUCUACCUCAUGCUGUAUUUCACUGUGUACCAGAAUGCUGUUGUGAUAGAUCAAAAUUAUAUCAAAUACUUCUAGAAGGUUCUUCUUGGUAAAAUAAUUAUGUAAAUGUGGACUCUAUUAAAGAGAACAUAAAGUGUAAUUCACCUCGCACAGGCUACACUCUCUGUGUUUCGAGGCUGUCCUUUUCGUCUGGAAACUCUGAGGUCAAGUGUAUCAGUGGGUUACUGGGUUAAGGUUGCGUUCGCAAAACCUUUGCUAGGCGAGGAAUAUAGUUUGAAGAAUGAGUACAUUUGUUCAAACAAUAGAACUCUUUGUAACGCUAAACUAAUGUUCUAUCACUGCAGCAGUCUGUAAUUUUCAAAGUAUCUAGUAUUAAUUGCUUAAGCUUUCUUAGAUAAGGAGUUAAGGCAUACUAAAUAUAUUUUCUUUUAAAUAAAUUCGGCAAAGAAUCGACUGCAACAGCGUUUCGGUAGACUUUAAAUACCGUAAGAAAUUGGACCUUCGUACAUUGAAAUAAAGGCGAUAAUAUCAAAACUCUACAAGUAAAAAUAUGGUCAGUAUACCUUCACUCCAUAGGCUUAGUCUUCCAUCUAUAUUCUGUUGAAUAUUUCAUGUUUAAUUACUAUGAGUACCUUAGACGUGGAGUCCGCGUCGAGUGGACACUCAUUAUUAAAUACUAAACACUUGUAGUACGGAGUUCUGGAGUCAAUUUGUUAUUUCCAACGAAAGUUUAAAAUGGAGAUUUUAUUGUCUGGACACUUGAAACCACCUCUUAAACUAAUAUUCAGACAGUUGGGGAAGAAAGACGCCGUCCAACACCGUGUAUUGCCGUCUCCCUCCCACAACUACAAAGGUGGUGGUGUUAGGUACCCAGAAGCCCUUAAAUAUGCUAAACAAAUAAAUUAAGACGAAUUGACGUCUUGUAUAAAACUGCCCUUAAUUUGCAAAUACAUAUCAUGAGACAAAGUAUAUUAACUGUGUGUACCAUAGGCACAAAAAUAUAAUGAAAGUGACGAUCGCGGUUGUUAAGGGGCCUGUCUGUCAACAACUGCAUGUACCGUGCUUAUAUGUUGCUGCGACAUGCAGACAGCAUACAAUGUUUAAGGAAGUCACCAUAAUAUCUAUGUUUUUGGUCUAUGGUACAACUACAUGCAAAAAUAUUUAUAAAAACACAUAGCUAUUUAAUGUUUGUGGAAAUUCAUAUUUUUGUCAUUAGUCUAAUUUAAUCGACCGUCUUGUACAAGUGAUGCUAGAUUGCGCCUUUUUCUAGUUUUAAGGCAUAAUGUAAUCAAUUAAUAUAUAGCUCUACACUGAAGUGUUACUCAAUUUUAAGAAGCUGAUAAGUCUCAUGCGGUCUAAGAUAAAGUGCUCAUAAUCAAGGUAAGACUUAAGAGCCACUUAAAAUUAAGUUUCUGAUAGUUAAUUAACCAGCUAGAUAGUUUAGUGCAGUCACGAAAUAGUAUCGUUAAAAGUAUUAUAGUUUUAAUACCGAUACUGGCGUUACCUCUUAUUCAAUUUUGAUAAAGAAUGUUCUAGAACAAACCGAUCCCCAACAGAGUGUCGGUAUUCAAAUUAAUUUAGAAUGUAAGGCCACUGGUAUGUCGCAAACAUUCUGCUGAUAUUAUGAAUGUGGCAACACUAACGCGGCUACAAUUUACCAUCAUUUAAAAGUGAUUACUCGGCAUAAGGUUUUGCUUUUCAGUAUCAGAAUGUCUAAAUAAUAAUUACAGUAAAGUAUAAAACGAUUACAACCCAUCACAAGCACAAUAUAUUAUAUUUACUAGCUUAAAGAAAACUACCAAUUAAAGUUAUCAAUUAUUACGUCGAUCUAUUAUGUAGCUGUUAGGCCGAAACUUAGCCUAUUAAUGUCAUAAUAACAAACUAUAAUACACACAGAGCGCUUUAAUUAAUAAUCUGUAUACAUCCGGGCCAUUCGUAAGUGGCGCCCUCUAACAUACAGAGCUACUAGUUUCACACAGUAUUGUAAAGUACAAUUUUUCUUUAGCGAUAGUAGUUUUUUUAGUAAUUAAACAUUACAGUGCCUUUAAGACUUGUAUGUUUUGCGAGCAAUAAAAAAGGUGGCAAAGUAUGGCUAUGUACGUUGAUAACAAAAUGGUUAAACCCCUGUAGAACAACACAACACAGGAACAACAUACUCUUCGGAGUAGUCAUCUGCAAAUAGCUACUGCGCCGAUGUUGAAGAAAACGUGGAUGGAUUUUUUGUAAUUAUUAUUUUCUGCGUUUUUUAUUAAUCAUGUUUGUAUAUUGUGGUAUUUUAUAGUUGUUUCUAUUAAUCAAAGUCAAAGGCUCAGUUGCUCCAAGGUUCUUUAACACUAAGUCUACGCAUAACACAGAAGUGUGUUAAUAAAACCUAGAUGGUGCAACAUAGUCUGUUGGUUUUUAUCAUUUUGUUAAAAUUAUUGUUUCAGUGAGAUAUAGUUACAGAGACAUUCUAAAUAAUACUUUAUUUUGUUGGCAAUAAAAUUGCUUUUCGAUGUUGAUUUUCUACCAGUUCUAUUUCUGUCGUAUAUUUUGAUAUUUUUUAUACAAAUGUUGAUUUACAUGCAAAAUGUUACGUUUUUAAUUAUUGAAAUUGUAUUUAAAAGUAAACCAACGUAGGUACCUACUUAUAAAAGUACUUUAGCAAUUAUCAAUGAUAAAAGUAUUGUGCUAUGUAAACUAAAAAUAAAGUUAUAACAUAAUAAUAUGUCUACGCUUACAAUUCUCCUGUUUGCUUGUCGUGCAAAGCAAGUGUUGGAAUGCAAAAAUGUUUAUUGCGAAUUAAAAUAAGGUUUGGAUUUCAUAAGCAGAAUAUUUUUACAUUGCUAAAGUUUUAAUAAGUACGGUACAAAGUAUUUUAUCAAUACAAUUAUGACAUUGUUUUAUGGUCUAACCAAUAAGUUAUAAUCAUUUUAUUAAAAAAAAACAUAUACUUGAUAUUAUUUUUAUGACAAAAAUGGAAAUAUUUUGAGAUUAUGAAUAAGAUAUAAUAAUAAUAAAUAAGUGUUGUGAUGAAUAUAUUAGACUAGAUAAAAGACACGCACUCCAUUAUUAGUGCUAGAGCACUUGGUAACUAGAUGGGAAUGCACUGACGGACAGAACAAUGUAAAACAAUAACGAAUUGCAUGUCUUCCAAAUAUCCAAGACUACAAUAGACGUCAGUUUCGAUUCAAAAUGCUUUUGUCUGCUUCCAAAAGAAAACGAUAUUUCUGUAGCUUUUAAUAAAUUAUGAUUAUCGUUCUCGCAUUACACCUUUAAAAAAGCAUAUUAUUAUAGACUUGUGUUUCUCUACUUCAUUCGUCAGUUACAGUGUCCGUGUUGUUGCUCUGUCCGCCAGUGUGUUGUCAAGGCAUAGCUGCCGCACGCCAUUGCAAGUGAUUUCUGUGAAUCUACGCUAGCUGUACGAAUAUUGUGAUAUAUUUAUAUUGUGUUGCUAACAGCUAUUGUUAUUGUUUUAUCAUUUUAUUAUUAAACAUAGUGUGAUUAUUUAAUGACUUUUAUUUGACACUGCCCUUUAUAACGUGAUGAUACGUAAACUAAAAACUAUAAAUCUGACUUAAAAAUUAUAACAUACAGAUACAAUUGAUCUAUAUGAGACUGGUAUUUAAUACAUUUACCCGCCUUCUGACGCAUUCUGUAGAAACGUAAAGAAAAAUUGACUAAAAUGAAAUUAAAACAAAUCGUCCAUUUAAAAGGGGAAAAAAUCAAAUACUUAAAUUAGAAAUCAUUUAUUUACACUUACUACAAAUAAAUAUCGCAACUCGAUCAUAUCAAUAAGGCAUACACACAGCGUUCAACAGGUCGUGUACACAAACCGCUU